AUGUUUCAUUUCAUUGCAGAUUAUCCACGUGUUGAAGUCGGUCCAGAGAAUCCAUUACGUGUUGAACGUGACGGAACAGCAAAAUUGGAAUGUAAUGUCGAUGCGAAGCCAAAAGUGACAAAUGUAAGAUGGACGAGAGGUGGACGAUUCAUUAGUUCUUCAUUCACACACACAAUUCAUCGUGUUUCGGUACAAGACGCUGGCGAGUAUGAGUGUACGGCUGAUAAUGGAUUAGGACGUACUGGAACACAAAAGGUUCAAGUUGAUGUGCUUUAUGCACCUGUCGUAGUGAUUGAAACAAAAACACGUGAAGCUGAGGAGCGUGAAGGCAUCCAUAUUAAAUGUAAUGUCACAUCAAAUCCACCACCUGUUGAAAUUGAAUGGGUUAAAGAAGGAAAUCUCGAUUUUCGUCAAUCUGGCGAUGUACUAUCAAUCACUGACAUAAAAGCUGAACAUGCUGGUACAUACAUUUGCCGCGGUAUCAAUAAUAUGCGUCCAUAUGGAUCGAAAGCAAUGGAACGGGUUGGAAAUUCAACAGUUGCUGUUUUAAUUCGUCAUCGUCCGGGUAAAGCUGUUAUCACACCAAAUAAGCCAGUUGUUCACGUUGGAAAUAGUGUGACAUUUACAUGCUCUGCUAAUCCACCCGGUUGGCCAGUUCCACAAUAUCGUUGGUUCCGUGAUGUCGAGGGUGAAAUUUCAACGCAAAAAGUAUUAUCUCAAGGAUCACAAUAUGUCAUUCCUCGUGCACAUUUAGGAAGUGAGGGACGUUAUCAUUGUCAUGCAGCAAAUGAAUUGGGACAUGGAGAAAUGGCAACAAUUACAUUGGAAGUUCAUCAACCUCCACAAUUUUUAGCAAAACUUCAACAGCAUUUAACUCGACGUGUUGGUGAUAGUGACUUUAGUGUAUCAUGUAGUGCAAAAGGUAAGCCAAAGCCAUCAGUGAAAUGGUUUAAAGACGGUCGCGAAUUAACAAGCGAAGCUAAUUUCUAUGAAAUUACAACGUCGCCAAACGAAGGCCCCAAUGGUAUGGUUACCGUUCAAAGCAAUUUAAAAUUCUAUGGAAAAAUGCGUCCAAAUUCAAAUCAGCUCUUGCCAAACGACCGUGGAACUUAUUCAUGUGUUUACCAAAACGAAGUUAAUUCAGCCAAUUCAACAAUGCACCUGAAAAUUGAACACGAGCCAAUUAUUUUGCAUCAGUAUAAUAAAGUUGCCGCUGAUCUUCGUGAAACAGCAAUUGUUGUUUGUAAAGUUCAAGCAUAUCCAAAGCCAGAAUUCCAAUGGACUUAUGGAACAAACACGGCACCAAUAUCAAUGAGCUCCGACGCCCAUUAUGAAAUUAAUACACAAAGUGAUAACAAUGAUGUCUACACAAGUGUCCUAAAAAUCCAUAACGUACGUCAUAAUGACUAUGGUGAAUACAAUUGCCGCGCAUCUAAUUCAUUAGAGACAAUUAGAGCACCAAUUAGAUUACAGCCUAAAGGACAACCAGAGAAGCCAACAAACCUUGACGCAUCAGAUAUCGGAUCGAAUUUUAUCGCAUUAAAUUGGACACCUGGAUUUGAUGGUGGAUUAAGCAACACGAAAUUCUUUGUCUUAUACCGUAAAGUGUCAAUUCCAAGUAAUGAAGUCAAUGGAGAUUGUGGCUCAUAUUACACAUCAUCACCGGACUGGUCUGAAUUUGACUGUCAUCGAAAUCAUCCAUGCAAUAUUACACCAUUAGAUCAACAUUCCAGUUAUGUAUUUAAAGUUAAGGCAAUGAACACGAAAGGAAAUUCCGAAUAUUCAAGCGAAAUAACGAAAACGACUAAAGUCAGUAAGAUUCCAUCAGCAUUACGAGUCUCAUAUGAUCCAUCAACAAAAAUGUUGGGCAUUAAUGUCGGUCAGACAUGUUUGGCCCUAACGGCAGUUGUGGAAACUCUCUUACAUGCUGAAACACAUGUACCUGAAUGGCAUAUUGUUGGACAGAUACAAUUGGCAGCCUCAGGUAAUGCACCAACUUUCAAAGAAUCGAUUGUUGAAAAUAUUAUAAUGCCAAGAAGGAGCGCUGCUCGAUCAUUAGAGGACGAAGAAGACUUUACAAUGGCAUUAGAAGAUGAAAAUACGCCACGUGUACGUGUUAAAUUGUGCCUUAGAGGCAAUCCUGAACAUUGUGGUGAAUAUAUUGGUGCUGAAAUUGGUCCAUCAUAUAUUCAGGACGUGGCAUCAAUUAACAUGCCAACAUUGGUUGCAAUUGUCGUAUCCUGCAUCGUAUUCGCUCUCUUUAUUGGACUCUUACUCAUGUUCUGUCGAUGUAAGAAGAAGCAAACAAAAAAGAGUGUACAGGCAAAGGAUUACGAAAUGGAUUCAGUACGACCAUCAAUUGUUGCACAACAGAAUCAAGCACCACCACCCUAUUAUCCAGCAAGUGGACUUGAGAACAAGGCACUCGAACAUUCAAUGGAUCUUGCAUUGGCAAUGGAAGAGCAGAAGACUGCAAUUUAUGCUACACAAAAUGGAUAUGGAUACAAUACAGGAAUUCAAGUUCCAUCACACAACAUCCCAGCAGAAUGGGUUAAUAUGGGCUAUAUGGAAAAUAGUUACUCAAAUUCAAACAACGGCGGCAGUGUAAAUUCACAGGACUCACUUUAUCAAAUGAAAAUGUCAGCAGCUCCAAGUAAUUCCGGUAAUCUUAUUUCACAUCAAUAUGUUGAACGACAACCGUCAUAUGGUUAUGAUCCAUUGACUCAUGGAGGCUAUGGAACUGUAGAUGAUUACGCAACGUAUCCACAUUUAGCGACGACACCAUCACAACAGAUGAUUGCAGAAGAUUAUCAUAAUCAAAUGAUGAUGGCACAACAGCCACCAUCAAGACAAGACUACUGUACAGAUCCAUAUGCGGCUGUACAUAAACCAAACAAGAAACGAUUAGACUCACAUAUGGAAUCACCGUAUCAUGAUGUUAGUGGCCUGCCUGAUCCAUAUAUGGAACAAAUGGGUAUGAGCGAAGAUCAAUUAGAUCAUCCAAAGCCACCUCAGCAGCACAUGCAACUCGGAGGGUAUGAUGAGAACCUCGAAAGUGGCUACUCAACACCAAAUUCACGAAAUCGUCGUGUCAUACGUGAGAUAAUUGUCUGAGAUCAGCCUCGGGUACGUUUCGCUGAUGGUGGAACGUGCCAAUAACAGAAAUAUUAAAUUAAAAUUAUAACAAAAAAAUUUUCACGCGCACGUUGAUUAGAGAGAUAAAAAUUAAAUUAAAAAAAUUAAAACAAAAACCAAGUGUAAAUUAGGCUAGAAGGGUAAAAUUGAUGUUGGAGGACGAGAGGAAACGGAAAUUAAAAUUAGUGUAAAUUCAUUAAAUUAUAAUGAAGCAUAAUCCACGAAAAAAAGUAGGAAAAACAAAUCAAAAUCAAAUUUUAAAACCUCCCCCCAAAACUCAUCAUUAUUAUUUAUUAUUUGAUUAUCAUCAUCGACAUCGUCGUGCGGUUGUCCUACUCCACAAUCAAUCAAGGUAUUGAUUGUUGUGCAAUAUUAAAUUCAAUUUAAAGAACACACACGCGCGACAUGAAUGCAACACUUCUAAUUAUGAAUGACAUCCAUUUGCCUCAAAAGGAAUCCGCCAUCAGAUAACAAUAACGUUGGCAUUAUCAGAAUAUGUGGCUGUAUAUUUUAUAAAAAAAAAUUGAUGAACUUCCAUGUACCACAUAAUGAAAUAAUAAAUUGAUGAGUAUGAGACAGAUAGAGAGAGGAAAUAUAAAGGAUAUGAGACUGGGGAGGAGAUAUUGUUAAAUUAAAUGCGGAAUAAAUAUAGCAUUUUGUAUGAUAUAUCCAAAAAUGAGCUUAAAUUUCAUUCAAUCUCGCUACGAAAAAUUUUGUAAAUGAGGAUGAUGCUUUUAUAAUGAAAUGGAUUUUCACUGUUUUUACGUCGUACGCUUUGUGUAUUAUGAGAAAUUAUGAGUAAGGAGAGAUUUAUAGACAGCAUUGAUAUACACACAAUGUUACUAUUUAACAGGGUAGCUAGAUGAAGAAUCAUUAUCUCUCUUUUUCUGUAUUUUUGAGGGAACUGGAACUAGGUCAUGCAAUGGGAAUUUGUGAUAAUCCAUAGGAAUCUCUGGGGCACUUGUGCUGCAUUAUUUAUUUCCAUUUUCCUCAAAAUUAAAAUGAAAAUAAUUGGCGGGAAACUAAGUUCUCAACACUCACGACGUACUCCGACCACUCAUACCCUCCAACUCAAUCGCCCUCUAGUUACACUUAAGAAUCUCCAUCUCUAUUAUGCAUAAAAUCUACUUAAGUAUCUACUUAAAAGUAUAAAUAUACAUAAAUUGCAUAACUUAAAUGUCGAUGCACUUACAAAACAAGCAAAUUGUUAGGCAAAAAUAAAUUCUCAUUCACACUUAAAAAAUGUGAUAAUUUUUUUAUUAAAAAAAUGUAAUGCAAAAAAUAAUAUUUUAAAAAAAAAUCGCAAGAAAAAAAAUUGAGUAGCAAAAUAGAUAUGUGUAGUCGCCCUGACAUGUGUCACUUAGUUUUUCAUAAGGAAGUGAGAGAAAAAGAUGAAAUUUUCUCGAGGAAUUCAAUUUUAAUGACGUGAUGGAGAAAAUUAAAUUAGAUGAUUGAAUUUUCCCAUCAUUUCAUCACAUCACAUUAUUAAAUGUACAACUUAGAUAACUAAACAAAAUGAUAUUAAUGUAGGAUGGAUGGAUGAUAAUGAUGAUACGUGGAAAAUUUUUAUCACUAAACGAGGAAGUAACGAUUUUUUAUUGUAUGAUAAAAUUUAUUCAAUCAUUCAGGUUGAGCUUUUUGGAAGAUUUGUUGGAAUGUUCAUUAACCCAACGGUUAUUUUUGAAUUUUUCCCGCACAUUUUGGUUGGAAAGAAUUUAAAUUUGAUCAUGUCAGAAUCAAAGUUAUUAAUUUGCAGGUUUUGAAUUGUUCAAGCCUUUUUAUUAAGGAAUUCAAGCAAAAAAAAGCUUUGCUC